AUGUUUCUCACAAUACUAUUGUUAUUAUUUCCUGCCGCUAUCAAUGCUGCUCCCAUGGCAGCGGUUGACACCUGUCUAUCAGCAGCAAAUGUUCCCCAAAUCCUGACAACAAACUCACAAUGGUCCCAGACAAUCAAACCAUUCAACCUUCGUUUACCAUAUACUCCCGUCGCUGUUGUACAGCCAACGACCAUUUCACAAAUCCAAGCAGCUGUUUCCUGCGCUGCUGCCAACAAGAUACUCGUCUCCCCAAAAUCUGGAGGUCACAGCUAUGCUUCACAUGGACUUGGGGGUGAAAAUGGACAUUUGGUCGUAGAUAUGAAGCUUUUCAAUAAUGUCACAGUUGACAGUGCAACUGGGAUCGCAAGUGUCGGUGUUGGUGCAAGACUGGGAAAUGUGGCUCAGUCUCUGUAUAGUCAAGGCCAACGUGCUUUUUCUCACGGAACUUGUCCUGGGUAUGUCAUGUCUUCUGAAUUAAACACUGGGUAUUUGCUAACCAGCUUUCAGUGUGGGAGUAGGCGGUCAUGUUGUGGGGGGUGGAUACGGUUAUAGCUCUCGAACAAGAGGACUCGCAUCUGAUGCUCUAGUUGAAGCAACUGUAGUCCUGGCAAACAGCUCGAUCGUCACAGCAUCCGCAACACAAAACCCAGACUUAUUCUGGGCCAUCAGAGGAGCAGGAGCAUCAUUCGGAAUCAUAACCACGAUGAAAUUCCAAACAUUUGCGGCUCCCUCGAAUAACAUCGUCUUCAACUACGGCCUUAACUUCAACCAACAACAAAUGCGGAAUGCUUUUGCUGCAUUGCAAGAUUACGCCAAUGGCACCGCACCUCCAGAGAUGAAUCUGAGGAUCAUGAUUAAUCCGUAUAGUGUUUCUUUGAUGGGUGUUUAUUAUGGGACACAGGCUGCUUUUCAGAGUGCCAUUCAGCCUUUUCUGACGAAGAUUGGGGUUUCCGGUGGGCAGGUAUCGCAGAAGGGGUGGAUUGAUACCUUGACUACUUAUGCGUAUGGGAGUUUGUCGACACCGUUGAAUUAUGAUGUUCAUGAGACUUUUGUAUGUCUUUACUAUUUGUUCUCUUUGGACCACAGGCGAUUCGGAGCUAAUGAUACAAUGACUUUUAGUUUUCUAAGAGCUUGAUGACUGAGAGGUUGACUGAUGCUGCUAUGGAUGCUUUCUGGGCAUAUUGGUAUAACACGGCCCGUUCGAUAUCCAGAGUAAGCACCUCUUUUUUCACAUAAAAACAUUCAGGAUGUGGCAGUCGUUUCUUAUAUCGUUAUCAAAUCACAAUCGCUACCUUCUCUGUAGCUCCAAACGGCACAUCUACUAACAUCGACCCUUUGCUACAGGACUGGUACCUUAUCCUAGAUCUCCACGGCGGCGUCAACUCCACUAUCACAAAACUUGGAGUAGAUUACUCAUCCUACGCCCACCGAAACGCCUUAAUAAAAUACGAGUUCUAUGACCGCGUAAACUCGGGGGAUUAUCCUAGUAACGGGUUUGACUUCUUGAAUGGUUGGGUAAAUAGUAUUGCUAACAACAGUACGUAUCCAUAUCUAUAAAACUCAGAAUGAAAGCCAGAAUUAAAUUUGGUAUGGAGGCAGGUAGAGGGUACUAACUGACGAGAUAACUAGUGAAAACCACAACUUUUGGCUCGUAUAUCAAUUAUGCUGACCCUACUCUCUCGACGGCUCAAGCGCAGACGCAAUAUUGGUUGGGGCACUAUCAGAGACUGGCGGAUAUCAAGAAGGCGGUUGAUCCUGGGAAUUUGUUUUCCAAUCCGCAGAGUGUUGGGAGGGUUUGAUGUCAAGUUAAGUAGAUGAAGCUUUGGUCUUUGGAAGCGAGAAGGGCAGAAUAGAGACCAGAGGAAACACUUGCAAAGAGAUGGUACAGGCAGAAGAGCCGAGUCAUGAGCCGAGCGCGGUCUGUAAUCUUACAUGGCUGGCUAGAUUUUAUACUUGAGAU